GAAGGUAGCCAAUCGGCAACGUACUGCAAAAUGUGGGCGGGAUACGCUUAAACAGCUGAUAGUUGAGUCGGAGAAAGGCAAUGCAGAUGAGGGAGACGACGACAAUCAGGCAUCAUGCGAUUUUUGUCAAGUCUCCUUUGGGCAGCUCUUUUGAUUGAACAGGUUUUAGGUGAAUAUGGCAUGGCACAUUUCAGCGAUGGGGGGAAAAGUAAAGGCAAAGAUUACUGCAUAUUCUUCAACUCUCAGUGGGCUCGACUACCUCAGGACCUCAGUAAAGCAGCUCGGCUGCAGACCUACGAUCUCACCACCUCUGUGCUGUGCUCCCCCUCUGAUGUACCCGAGGGGGGCUUCCCAAACAGCAUCCCAAUGGUGAUGAGAGGAAAUUGCACUUUCUAUGAGAAAGUCAGAUUGGCCCAGAUGAAUGGUGCCAAAGGACUUCUGAUUGUCAGCAAAGAUAGACUGACUCCACCCUCAGGCAACAAGUCCCAGUAUGAGGAGAUCGGCAUCCCAGUGGCCUUGUUAAGCUAUAAAGACAUGCUGGACAUCAGUAAAACGUUUGAGGAGAAACGGCAGGUGGCCAUGUACGCCCCCAAUGAACCAGUGGUGGACUAUAACAUGGUGCUCAUCUUCCUGAUGGCGGUGGGCACAGUGGCUGUCGGAGGAUACUGGGCUGGCAGCAGGGACAUUAAAAAACGUUACAUGAAGCACAAGAGAGACGACAGUGCUGAGAAACAAGACGAGGAGACCGUCGACGUCACCCCCAUUAUGAUUUGUGUGUUUGUGGUCAUGUGUUGCUCUAUGCUGGUGCUCUUGUAUUUCUUCUAUGAUCAAUUGGUGUAUAUGACUAUCGCCACGUUCUGUCUGGCAUCCGCCGUUGGUCUGUACAGCUGUCUUUGGCCUUUUGUCCGAAGGAUACCGUUUGGGAAAUGCAGGAUGCCUGAGAAUAACCUGCCAUACUGCCACAAGCGGCCACAGGUGCGCAUGCUGAUCCUUUCAGCCUUCUGUAUAGGAGUCAGUGUCACUUGGGGAGUUUUCCGCAAUGAAGACCAGUGGGCAUGGAUACUUCAGGAUGCAUUAGGCAUCGUGUUCUGUCUCUACAUGCUGAAAACAAUCAGGCUUCCCACUUUCAAGGCCUGCACUCUUCUGCUGGUCGUGCUGUUCGUGUAUGACGUGUUUUUUGUUUUCAUAACACCGCUCUUAACUAAGAGUGGGGAAAGUAUCAUGGUAGAGGUGGCAGCUGGUCCAUCGGAUUCCUCUACUCAUGAGAAGCUUCCCAUGGUGCUGAAAGUGCCCAGGUUGAAUUCAUCUCCUCUGGUCCUGUGUGACCGGCCCUUCUCUCUCCUGGGCUUUGGGGAUAUCUUGGUACCAGGUCUGCUGGUAGCAUAUUGUCACAGAUUUGACAUUCUCAUGCAGACGUCUCGAAUAUAUUUUCUGGCCUGCACUAUUGGCUAUGGCAUUGGUCUUCUCAUCACAUUUGUGGCUCUGGCAGUGAUGCAGAUGGGUCAGCCUGCCCUCUUAUACCUUGUGCCUUGCACGCUCCUCACCAGCCUUGCGGUGGCACUGUGGCGCAAAGAACUGCCUUUGUUCUGGACAGGAAGUGGAUUUGUGCUGCCUCCCAUUGUCAUGGAACAAAUCAACUGUACUCAAACCCCAGGACCGUCCACAGAUGAGCCGCAGUCCAAUCCUGAGCCGCCGGACUCUGAAACAACCAAUCAGUGUGAGGACCCUCCUCCACCAGCACAAGAGGAAGUUUCACAUCUUACAGAUGGAUCUACCACAUAAAAACAUUCUUUUUUGAAGUCAGUUAUAUAUCUGACCAUAUACGUUAUAGACUUGAGAAGAAAUGAACAUCUCAGUGCACUUGUUUUAAGCCAUUGAAAUUGUACAGGCCAUUUGAAUCGAGAAAGGAGGAAACACAACAUCAGCUGUGCUUCAUCCAGCAUGCUUCAAGCUCACGUUUGGUGGCAUUAGGAAGGCACUGAAUCGACCGUUUUUAUCUUCUUCACAAGGAUCUCAGCUCCGAGUGUUAUUUUUGGUCUCCCUCUUUUUUUUUUUUGUAAAUUAAAAUUCUCUUAGUACAUAAAAACAAAGUGCAGCUAGACAUUUUAAAACAAAUGUCAAGAAAAUUUAAGACAGCUCACUAAAAACAUUUCUAUUUGGCUUCCCGUUGAUAAUGCAUUGCUGACAGGUUCUAUCCUUGUCAUAACAGUGCUGAAGUAUUGCAUCCUUUAAAAUAUGGUGCUAAUAAGGACUGAAUGAGCCAAAGGCUUUGAGAAUAAAGGUUUAUUAGUUUUAGAUACAAAUGCUGUGGGUUGAUUAGAUUGUUAAUCAGAGCAGCACUGUUACACAAGGCCACAUUAUUAAACACAAACAUCCUUGUUGGUCUGGAAUGUGAUUUCAGCUUUAGUUGCAUUGAAAUAGAUAAUAUUCAUAUGCUCAUGGCUUAUUGAAAGCAUUGUAUUUAGAAUGUGCUGUUAACUUGAUGGAAGCGAUGUUUGAGAUUUCAAACUAAAAAGUGCAAAGAUUUUUAAAAGAAAUGCCGUUUUUAAGAAGAAUUUCCUGCCCAACUUAUUGAGUGACAGUCCUUCUGUUUUAUAGUAGGAUUUUUCUAUUCAUUGUACUUUUUAAAGUUGUUUUUCAGUGAAAGGUACUGAUAUUAUUUUAUCAGUAUGAUUUGUUUUAAGUUACAUCCAGUUUAUUUAAGAAGUUUAUGUGGCACUGUUGUUUCAUUGAAAUCUUUUUGCCUUGGCUACAGUGUGUUUUGCUUUUAUUGGGGCACUGUGAUCAUGUUUAUUAAUAGUCCUGAUGUCUGGAGGUCGUGUGUCGUAGAUCUUCAGUCUCAUGUAUGAUGAAGCUUUCCAUUAGAGAUCAACGUGCUGUAAAAGUGUGGUUUUGAGAAAUUAAGGAGCACAUAUUAAAGGAAUAACGCAUUA